AAAAAUAAUAAUAUAAUUUCGACUUAGGUUAUAUAAAAGGUCCAUAUAAAAGAAUAUAACACUUAUAACACUAGUAAAAAGAAGACGAAUAAAAAUGGAGUGGCAAUUAAAAUAUUUUUUGUUGAUAACAUCUUGUUUGAUAUUUAACGAAGGGAUUGUAGAUAAAUAUUCGUGUAAAGAAAAAAUAUGUCUAUUUGAAAAAGGUACAACGAACACAGCUGUUGCAAUCGGUUACAUUAAAACAUUAAAACUAGCUUACGAGAGUGGAUGUAAUUGGGAUGAAAAUACGACUACUGAAGCUGCAGCAAAUGGGCAUUUAGAAUGUUUAAAAUAUGCACAUGAAAAUGCAUGUAAAUGGGAUGAGAAAACUACACAGGCUGCUGCUGCAAAUGGACAUUUAGAAUGUUUAAAAUAUGCACAUGAAAAUGUAUGUAAAUGGGAUGAGAAAACUACACAAGCUGCUGCUGCAAAUGGACAUUUAGAUUGUUUAAAAUAUGCUCACGAAAAUGGCUGUAGAUGGGAUGAGAAAACUACACAGGCUGCUGCUGCAAAUGGACAUUUAGAUUGUUUAAAAUAUGCACAUGAAAAUGUAUGUAAAUGGGAUGAGAAAACUACACAGGCUGCUGCUGCAAAUGGACAUUUAGAAUGUUUAAAAUAUGCACAUGAAAAUGUAUGUAAAUGGGAUGAGAAAACUACACAAGCUGCUGCUGCAAAUGGACAUUUAGAAUGUUUAAAAUAUGCACAUGAUAAUGCAUGUAAAUGGGAUGAGAAAACUACACAAGCUGCUGCUGCAAAUGGACAUUUAGAUUGUUUAAAAUAUGCACAUGAAAAUGUAUGUAAAUGGGAUGAGAAAACUACACAAGCUGCUGCUGCGAAUGGACAUUUAGAAUGUUUAAAAUAUGCACAUGAAAAUGUAUGUAAAUGGGAUGAGAAAACUACACAAGCUGCUGCUGCAAAUGGACAUUUAGAAUGUUUAAAAUAUGCACAUGAAAAUGUAUGUAAAUGGGAUGAGAAAACUACACAAGCUGCUGCUGCGAAUGGACAUUUAGAAUGUAUAAAAUAUGCUCACGAAAAUGGAUGUCCGUGGGAUGUGAGCACAACAAAAGCAGCUGCAAAUUAUGGUAAUUUAAAAAACUUAAAAUACAUUCACGAAAAUGGAUGUAAAUGGGAUCAAAAAACCACAAUGGCUGCUGCUGAAAAUGGGCAUUUAAAAUGCUUAAAAUAUGCUUUUGAAAAUGGGUGUAAUUGGAAUGAACAAACAACUUUAAAUGCUGCUUUAGGAGGUAAUUUUGAUUGUUUGAAAUAUGCACAUGAAAAUGGAUGCAAAUGGCAUAAAAAAAUAACGGAAGUAGCUGCUUCUAAGGGUGAUUUAAAUAUAUUAAAAUAUGCUCAUGAAAACGGAUGUGAUUGGGCUGUUAGUACUAUAGUUUCAGCUGCUGAGCACGGUAAUUUAGAUUGUUUAAAAUAUGCCUAUGAACAUGGAUGCCAUAUCAUUGAAGGUACGAUGAGAGGGGCCGCUUCUAAUGGACAUCUAGACUGUUUAAUGUACGUAUAUAACAAAGGUUGUGUAUUGGGGGAUGAAGUCAUGACUUGUGAACAUACCGCGAAUGAUAGUUUUAACUGUUUGUUAUGUGCUCAUGAUAACGGUUUUGAAUGGGAUGAAGGAACAACUAGAGUAGCUGCAGAAGGAGGUCAUUUAGACUGUUUAAUAUAUGCUCAUGAAAACGGAUGUGAAUGGGAUGAAGGAACAACUAGAGUAGCUGCAGAAGGCGGUCAUCUAGAAUGUUUAAUAUAUGCUCUUGAAAACGGAUGUGAAUGGGAUGAAGGAACAACUAGAGUAGCUGCAGAAGGCGGCUAUUUAGACUGUUUAAUAUAUGCUCAUAAAAAGGGAUACGAAUGGGAUGAAGGAACAACUAGAGUAGCUGCAGAAGGCGGCCAUUUAGACUGUUUAAUUUAUGCUCAUGAAAACGGAUGCGAAUGGGAUGAAGGAACAACUAGAGAAGCUGCUCUAGGCGGCUAUUUAGACUGUUUAAUGUAUGCUCAUGAAAACGGAUGCGAAUGGGAUGAAGGAACAACUAGUGAAGCUGCUCUAGGUGGCUAUUUGGACUGUUUAAUAUAUGCUCAUGAAAAAGGAUGCAAAUGGGAUGAAGGAACAACUAGAGAAGCUGCUCUAGGCGGCUAUUUAGACUGUUUAAUGUAUGCUCAUGAUAAUGGAUGCGAAUGGGAUGAAGGAACAACUAGAGUAGCUGCAGAAGGCGGCCAUUUAGACUGUUUAAUUUAUGCUCAUGAAAACGGAUGCGAAUGGGAUGAAGGAACAACUAGAGAAGCUGCUCUAGGCGGCUAUUUAGACUGUUUAAUGUAUGCUCAUGAUAAUGGAUGCGAAUGGGAUGAAGGAACAACUAGAGUUGCUGCAGAAGACGGUAAUUUAGACUGUUUAAUAUAUGCUCAUGAAAAAGGAUGCAAAUGGGAUGAAGGAACAACUAGAGUUGCUGCCGGAAGCGGCUAUUUGGACUGUUUAAUAUAUGCUCAUGAAAACGGAUGCGAAUGGGAUGAAGGAACAACUAGUGAAGCUGCUCUAGGUGGCUAUUUGGACUGUUUAAUAUAUGCUCAUGAAAAAGGAUGCAAAUGGGAUGAAGGAACAACUAGAGAAGCUGCUCUAGGCGGCUAUUUAGACUGUUUAAUGUAUGCUCAUGAUAAUGGAUGCGAAUGGGAUGAAGGAACAACUAGAGUAGCUGCAGAAGGCGGCCAUUUAGACUGUUUAAUUUAUGCUCAUGAAAACGGUUGCGAAUGGGAUGAAGGAACAACUAGAGUUGCUGCCGGAAGCGGCUAUUUGGACUGUUUAAUAUAUGCUCAUGAAAACGGAUGUAAAUGGGACAAUAGCACGACUAAAGAUGCUGCUCAAGGCGGACAUUUGAAUUGCUUAAAAUAUGCUUAUGAAAAUGGAUGCGAAUGGAAUAAAAUGACAACAGUGGUAGCUGCACAAAACGGCAAUUUGGAAUGUUUAAAAUACGCUCAUGUAAAUGGAUGUAAUUUGGCUGAAUGUACAACAUUGGCAUCUGUUGUAAACGGUCAUUUAGACUGCUUAACAUAUGCUCAUGAAAACGGAUGCAAAUGGGAUAAUAGAACAACUAAAUUCGCUGCUGAUGGCGGACAUUUGGAUUGCUUAAAAUAUGCUUAUGAAAAUGGAUGCGAAUGGGAUAAAGCAAUAACGAAAUCAGCUGUUACUAGAGGUAAUUUAAAAAUCAUUAAAUAUGCCCAUGAAAAAGGACAUCCUAUAGACGAAGAUACAUACAGAUUUGCCGUUUUAAGAGGUAAGCUAGAAAUACUGAAAUAUGUUCAUGAAAACGGAUAUAAAUGGGAUAAAAAAACAACAAGGUUAUUUGCUGCUAACGGGCAUUUAGAAUGUUUAAAAUAUGCUCAUGAAAAAGGUUAUGAAUGGGAUGAAGGAACAAUAGUUACAGCAGCAGUGCAUGGUAAUUUAGAUUGCCUAAAAUUUGCCAAUCAACACGGAUACAGUUGGGUCGAAGGUACGACGAGAGGGGCAGCUUCUAAUGGACAUUUAGACUGUCUAAAAUAUGCUUAUAACAAUGGUUGUGAAUGGGAUGAAGGCACAACGAGAGAAGCCGCUGCUAGAGGUUCCAUUGAUUGUUUGAAAUUUGCUCGUGAAAAUGGUUGCGAAUGGAGUGAAAGUACAAAAAUUACAGCCGUCGCGCAUGAUCAUUUAUAUUGCUUUGAAUAUGCUCACGAAAAUGGUUGUCCUAAUUAGUUGUUUAUUGUAUUUAUUCUUUUUUUUAUUUAUUCAUGUUUUUAGUUUUUCAAAAAAAAAUUUAAAUAAGUUUAACUUUCUAUGCUAUGUUAAUUUUUAUUUAUAUAAUAUUUAUAAAAAUCUGUACUCCCCUUGUAAGGUAUUUAAAAAAAAAAAAAAAAUACAA